AUGAUGAGUGACCUUAUCGAGGAUCCUCAGGCGCACCUGUUUCGGGGGCUUCUAGCUGUCUCUACACCAUGCACCCCGCCCAACCUGAAGUGGAAGGAGCGGGCUGCGGCAUAUGGCGUGUUUAUGGCGGCGGCUAUGCUGCUUUUCGCGACGGGAAUGCCCAUGGGCUACGUGCUCCCUCGUGGCAUGGCACUGGCGAUAUCAGUCACAGCUGGCAUCGCCAAGCUGGUGUACCUGUUCCUUGUGUUCCCAGAGACUGCCAGGAAGGCUGAGCGAGCUUCGACUGUGGAGCCAAAUCCGCUGCGGACCAUGACCUCUGCUUGCUCGUUGCUAGCUAAGAAUGCCUUUGCGAAACGGCUGGCGUGCGUUUUGGUCUUCACCGGCAUUGGCUCUGCCGGCUACGGGGUGGUGCUUCCUCCGUUCAUGAUGGGCUACCUGGGCUACACUCGCAAAGACAAGUUGGUACUUAUGUGCAUUGCGGCGGCUUCUGCCCUUGUGGCAUUCGCCUGCCUGAUGGGGCCGCUGGUGAGAGCUUUCGGGCAAGUACGUACCCUUCAGUUCUGCCUGAUAGCCUCCGCUUGCGUGCCGCUACUGACAGCUGCCUGCCAGGAUCAGUUGCAGCUCGAUGUUCUCACUCCGUUGCUGGUGAGCCCAACAGUCUUGGCAAUACCUUUAUUUUCAGCAUUGAAGAGCGCCGUGGUCUCAUCGCAGGAGCAAGGGCUCAUCCAGGGAGCAGUGGCUUCGAUGAGUAAGGCGGGAGGGGUUGUGAACAAAGCACAGUACGUGCCUUCGGCUGAGGAGUUUGGUUGGCUUUAG